AUGGCAAAAGCAGACUCAGAAGUGGGGCAACUCAACGGUCUGGAGAUCUCGCUCAUAGUUCUCUUCCUUUUGAUGACAGCAGUCUCAGUGGGGCUAAUAACAGUCCUGGCCCUCAAAUUGGAUUCAGAAAAACAAGAAGCGACUCCAGAGGAACCGAGCCCAUCGGUGAAUCCUCCAGAGAACCCUUAUCUGAUCGGUGUGGGUCGAGCAGACUGUACCGGGCCUGUGGCCGAUCUGCCUAUGACGGGUUACGCCAAUACUGAGCAGACAGUGAGAGGGAUCCACACACGUCUGUUCAGCAGAGCCUUCAUCGUGGAUGACGGCAGUAAAAGAGUGGUGUUCAUCACUGCAGACAUCGGCAUGGUCUCUCAGAGACUAAGGCUAGAGGAGACGCGACCAUGCGAGGAUCUGCGAUUUUCUCCCAAGAGAAAAAAAUCGCCUGCGAGCUCCAUGGUGAGCUCGGACAACCUCGGCUACGCCUCCUAUGCCUUCGAGCAAGAGAAAAACAUUGGCUUUCUACCCGGUGAGGGCCCUUUUGUAGCCGGCUUUUCCUCCAGUAAUCUUGGAGAUUCAUCUCCCAACAUUCGCGGCCCUGUCUGUGUGAACACCGGCGAGAAGUGUGACUACCUUAACAGCUCCUGUCCCAUUGGUGGAAAAAAAGCGUGCAUAGCUUUUGGACCGGGUGAGGACGUGUUUGAAAGCACCAGGAUCAUAGGAAAGAAUAUGUCUAAAAAAGCAAAGGAGCUGUACAGCAGUGCAAAGCAGGAGCUGCAUGGGCCCGUUUACGGCGCACAUCAGUGGGUCAACAUGACCGAUGAGACUCAUACAGGACGGACAUGUAAACCUGCUCUGGGCCACAGUUUUGCUGCUGGUACAACCGAUGGAGGAGGAGAAUUCAACUUCAUACAAGGGGAUACUGAUGGAGAUCCUUUCUGGGAUGGAAUUAGAGAUGCAGUUUUGGGACCCCCUUCCAACGAGACCACGGCUUGUCAUCAGCCUAAACCAAUCCUCUUCAGCACUGGGGAGAUGGAUUCGCCCCUCCCAUGGCAUCCAGCCACCGUGGACGUUCAGAUCAUCACUAUCGGCUCUUUAGCCAUAGUUGCAGUCCCAGGAGAAUUUACUACCAUGUCAGGGAGAAGGAUACGAGAGGCAGUCAAAAAGGAGUUGGAGGUGAAAGAGUCUUUCGCUAAUGCAGUGGUGGUCGUCGCUGGUCUGUGCAACAUCUACACCCACUACAUCACAACAUACGAAGAGUAUCAGAUCCAGCGAUAUGAGGGCGCAUCCACUAUUUAUGGUCCUCACACUCUCUCGGCUUACAUCCAGCGCUACAGAGGCCUGGCCAGAGCUAUAGCUCACGAAACAAUUGGAGAGCUGCCUAAGGGUCCUGAACCCCCUUUCUUUGAUGAAGACAAAUUUUUUAAUCAAGUGAAGGACCCAGUUGCAGAUGUAGCUUCAGCUGACACCACAUUUGGUGACGUUUUACAGCAGGUUAACCCCGUCUAUAAAGUGGGAGAAAUUGCAUCUGUCACAUUCGUGAGUUCUUAAGUAGCAAGAGAUAAGACAUUUGUCACAGUGGAGAGGUUUCAUAACGACACCAACUCAUGGGAAAUAAUUCACACGGAUGCAUCGUGAGAAACAAGGUUUCACUGGAUUAAAGGACUUGCUGGCCGGUGUCAGUCAAAAGUGGAGUGGCACAUCCCGCUCACGGCACAGACAGGAACCUACUGGAUUCAACACUUUGGACACUACAAUCAAUUCACGGAUAACAACACCAUCACACCAUACGUUGGCACUUCUGAUGCUUUUAAAGUCACCAGAAGCUUUUACUACUAUUGA